GCAAGGAGAGGAAUUCUGAACCUGGAGAGCAACAAAAGGUACCACAAUAAUAACUUCCGCACAACGACGUCCACUGACAAUCGUCCAGCGAGGACAGGACCAGAAAAUAACAAGCAAGACAAAGACCAAGAACCUUUUCAUCUCCGCAGUUCAUUCGGGGGCCCGAC